UUUGAUAACUAUUUAUGAAAUGCAGGUAUGUUUGAGUUCAUUUUUGGUUUAGUAAAUUCAUACAAAAUGAUAAAAGUUCUACAAACUUAAUCAUCAUGCAAAAUGUAUUUUUACACAUAACCAAAGUUUUAUUUUUUAUUCUACUCCAACUGAAAGGUAUUUAUUCAACGCAAGAAGUUCAUUUAGAAAACGAUAUCACAACACAUUUGAACGAGUGGGUUUCCAAGAUAUUCGCAAUAGGUGGCCAAAAUGGAAUCGAAAUAAUCUCCAAAAUAUACGAACACGAAUUAAAUGAAUUUCAAUGCUGCAACAUCAGCAACCAAGAAGCUGAUAUCAAUACAAAACGCAUCUUCCAAAACAUUGUUUUUUACGCACCCAAAGGCCACGAAUAUGACGGGAAGAAAGCCCAACGCAUCAACUGGACAUUUUCUGAAAAUAAAAUCAGCCUAUUCUUCGAAGGACUCAACCUCCAUACCAAGAUGCUGAUACGAAGUGGUUCAGGCAACGUCGAGAAAUCUUUGAAUGUUUCUGUAUUCGCUGCUUUUAAAAAUUUCACAUUAACUGCUGUGAAAUCAUAUACAAAAGAUAAUGAUUCGAACAUCACCUACGACAUCAAUUGUACAAAGGUCGACUACUGGGGCAAAAAUUUCUGGUAUUUGGGUGGAAAUUCAACCGCUGAGGGUGAAAAACAGCUAGAUCUAGAAAUAAAACCAAUACUACCGAUUAUUUUACAAGAAAGUCUAAAAUACAAUCAAAAAUUUACUCAGAAACUCGACGAUGUUUUCCAAGUACACGAGAAGCCAAGACGAGAAAUAAUUUCAGCCCAGCCGGAUUUCUUAAACAAUUCGCAAAAGUAUUACUACCUCGUACCUGAAAUUCCUUUUUUCUGCUUCGUUCUAAAACGUAUCGUUAUCCAUGGUUUAUGGAAUUUUGAAUCGUAUAAAGUUCACGGGAUAUCUGGAAUUUUCACACAUACUUUGGUAGUGAGAAAUAUUCGAGGAAGUAUGACGUUGGAUUACAGAUCUGAAAAGGAACCCGACUUAGAAUUGAAUUUCCAAAUGAAUUGCUUCGUCGUGUCAAAAAAAGAUGACACAGGUUGCGUUUAUGGUCGUGCAAAAUAUUACACCAUUACUCGAACAAACACAAACGUUCCGUUGGACAGUGUUCAGUCAGAAGUGGUUAUGAAUGAACUGGAAUCAGCUGUUGCUUCUGCAUUAUUAUCAUCUAAAAGAGUUGGAAAAACCUUCGAUGUAGAAAUGCCGCUGGAAAAAAUUGAAAUCUCAAACUCUUCAGAUUGGAAAACAAUAAAAGAAUCUUAUAAAGGAUGGAUCCCAUUUAAUGACGACGAGAUAAUCAAAAAAUAACAAUUGAUGUAAAAAAAAAAAAAAAAAAAAAAAACGUAUUUUCUGAAAAUCCAGAAUGAUGUGAACGAAGAUUAUGCCUGAUAAAACCAGAUCGUCAUGACGAUGAAAACAUUUGGAAAAUGUGUUUCUACAGAACUUAUUCAUAAUUUUGAAAAAACAACUGUCUGAAUCCAGAAAAAAUGAUCGAGCGAAUAUUGCAAUCAAAACCAUAAUUAUAAAAAUUGAUCAAAUUGAAGAAAAAAAUAAAGUUUCAACACAUUCUUA